AUGUCACGUGUACUUCAUCUCAAGCAGGUUCCCGGCAAGCCCGGCGAGGUGUACUACCCCCUCCAGAUCAGGAAGGUGCCGAUUCCCCAGCCGGGCCAGGGCCAAGUCCUAGUGCGAAUGUCGGCGGCAGCGCUCAACCACCGUGACCUCUUCAUCCGGCACCACCAGUACCCGGCCAUCUCGUUCGACGACGCGAUGCUAGCCGACGGCAGCGGCACGGUGGCCUCCGUGGGGCCGGGAACGACGCGCGGAUGGAAGGAGGGCCAGGCGGUGAUCCUGACGCCCAUGCGGGGCUGGGAGUCGGACGCGGCGGGACCGGAGGGUGGCGGGCAGGCGUUCUCGGUGACGGGGUCCAGCCGGCUGACGCCGGUGGGUACGGCGCAGGACUACGUCGUGGUGGACGAGGCGGAGGUGGAGGCGAGCCCGCCGCACCUGUCGGCCGCGGAGGCGGCGGCCCUCCCGCUCGUGGGGCUGACGGGGUGGCGGGCGCUGGUGACCAAGGCGGGCGAGGCGGCGGUGUCGUCGCCCGGGCGGAACGUGCUCGUGACGGGGAUAGGCGGCGGGGUGGCGCUGCAGGUCCUCCAGCUGGCCGUCGCCAUGGGGGCCAAGGUGUACGUCACGUCCGGGGACGCGGGCAAGAUCGACAGGGCCGCCGCCAUGGGUGCCAGCGGAGGCGUGCUGUACAGGGAGAAGGGCUGGGACGGGAAGCUGAGGGCCAUGCUGCCGGCCGGCCGGCCGUUCCUGGACGCCGUCAUCGACGGGGCCGGCGGGGACAUUGUCGGCAGGGCCGCCAGGCUGCUCAGGCCCGGAGGCGUCAUCGCCCAGUACGGCAUGACGGCGGGGCCCAAGAUGGACUGGAGCAUGGGCGCCGUCCUGGCCAACAUCGACCUCAAGGGUACGACCAUGGGGUCCAGGAGGGAGUUUAGGGACAUGGUCGCCUUCGUGACCGAGCACGGCAUCAGGCCCAUCGUCAGCCGGGUCGUCGCCGGGCUGGACAAUCUGCCGGCCAUCGACGGGCUGUUCGACGAUAUGGAGCGCGGGAAGCAACGACUUCUUGCGCUUCUUGGACGGCCUGUCGCCAGCCUCCUCGGGGGGCACAAACUCUGCCUGGCGCUCCUUGUCCUUGUCGGCCUUCUUGACCUUUUGCUUCUCCAUGCGCUCGUUCUGGGCGGCCCUGUCCUUUGCGCCCUUGGAGAGGAAGUGCUGGCUGGUCUCGAUCUCGAUGUCGAGCUUGCUCUUCUCGGGGGCGGGGGGGAAGGGGGUGUAGACCUUCUUGGACUUGUCCGUGACAUUGAGGGGCUUGCGGCGGUGGCUGAGCGUCUUCCUGCCGAAGUCGGGGAGGAAGCGAUCCCAGCUCUCGUUGGCGAGGUCGGGGUCCUUUGCGAGCUCCCGCUUGAUCAUGAGCUUCUUGACGUGGUAGAUGGGGUGGAUGUUUGCCAUGCAGUCCUCGACGAUGCGGCGUAUCUCCUUGAGGCCCUUGUAGGGCCCCAUGGCCGAGACGGUGUUGCCGUGGACGAGGAUGUAGGUCUGGGUCAGGAGCUCGAGGGCCUUGAGGGUCGAGCCGUUGGGGCCCAGGAUGCGCUGUCGGCGCUUGACGAAGCGCUCCUUGCUGUUGACCAGGUUGCGGAUCUUGAUGAUGUCGCACGCCACGCCGUCGUCCAGGAUCUUGACGGCCUGCGGGGCCGGCACGCUGCCUUGAUCAGGUCGCGCGCGUUCAGGAUCGCUGCCGGGUCGAACGUCUUGCGCGUGGUCUUGACCGUCAUGCUGCCCUCCACCAGGUCGAGCGUGCAGGCGAUGCCGUGCUUCUCCAGCGACUUGGUCACCAGCGGCCACGCCUCCUUCAGGUACACCUCGCGGUACUUGGGGAACAGGGUCGCAAACGACGACUCCUCGGCGAACGUGCCACCGACGUUGUCCUUUGGCGUGAACGCUUCCACCUUCCACUUGUCAAUGUCGCCUGUGUCCCACGGCUUUUCCUUUUUGUGCGUAGAUGGCAUUGUGAUGUGUGUGCGGGACGGUGGUGGUGGUGGUGGUGGUGGUUGCUACUCUACGUAG